UGGGCGUGGCGCUGUGUUUGGCCAGAGCAAGGAGUGUUGGUGGGAAAGACUAAGGACACACCUGACGCUUAAACCGAAUAGCAAAAAACUAAAACCGACCCUUACCUUAACCAAACCCUAAACCUAAGUUUAAUCAAUUCUGCAAUUAAAUAUMGUUUUGGUCGUCAGGCGUGUCCUUAUAAACUUUUCCAGUGUGGGUAUCCAGGCAAACCACCCAACACUGGAUUGGUGCAGCUAUGGACAAAUUGGCGCCAUUUUGACGCCAUUUUGAAGCCGAGAGGAGGAUCACAGCCGYAGAUCGAAAGACGAUUGGCUACAAUUCAUCAAAUAAGCUAGCAGCCAAUGGAGAGCAUGGCUCACUCAAAGGGUCGGGCCACAGAUGGCAAGAUCACCUAUCCGCCCGGGGUGAAGGAGAUCUCGGACAAGAUCUCCAAGGAGGAGUUUGUCCGCAGGCUCAAGGAUCGACAGUGCCGAGGUGGACCACAGUGAGAACGAGGAUAUCACGGUCAUGAAGAGUCUGGCUGCUCAGGACGACGACAGCAAGCCCGGCCGGGGACGCAAACGAGGGGCAGCCGCUGCCAGCCAGGACGACAAGGCAGGCCAGGAGGCCAAGCCCAAACGAGGUUGGAGGAAGGAGCCGGUGGCUAACACCGGCGUGGGGGAGGAGCCGUGGGCCGAGACCAAUGCCGCAGACACCACCCUGGAGACGAAAGACGAGCAGAACAAUCCUCCCAAAAGAGGUCGCAGGAGACGGCCCCCCAAGGCUGCUGCGCCCAAUAAUGACACACUUACCAAGGGCAUGAGGGGCCGGAAGAAGGCUGCUUGUCAAGCUGAGGAGGAAGAGGAGCAGGGAGAGGAGGAAGAUGGCAGUAGUGAGAACAUGGAAGUGAAGCCCACGGUGCAGAGAGGAGGCAGGGCACCACGGAGGCCGCAGCAGAGACGGGAGGCCUCAGAGGCCACAGACGACUCUGCAGAAUCCACGCCACAGAAAAGACAGGGGAGACCUCCCAAAGCACAGCAACAUUCAGCCAAGAAAAAUCUGCGCACAGGGCGUUUGAGUAAAGAGAACGAGUCCGAGGUGGAGGAGAUGGAGAUGUCUCAGAGCCAGGAAGAGGAGGACAGCAAGACCACACCCAAAGUGCAACGGAAGACGGGCAGGAGAACAUGAGACAGACAUCGUGUUUUUUCUCGAAGGUCAGAGGAAGAGAACAGAUGGAGAGGAGAUGUACAUCGAUCUGCCUAGGCUGUGUGUAUCCGUCCUUGAUGUUCAGUUGCUAAGCUUUGCCACACACACAUCCACCUUGGUUUGUCAAACAUUGUUAUGUGUGUCGCCGACCACAGGAACGAUCCAAACUGAUUCAAAUAAAUGUAUGUAGUCUCUCUUGCCUUUUUUCCCCCCUGUGCUGGGGAGGCAGUUGUAUAGCUUAUAUCUCCCAGCUUUAAGAUAUCGCACCAGCGCUAACUGUCAAAGUGAAUGUUUGGAAUGAACUUUUAGCAGUACUGUAUCGGUCAUUUUGUAGAUUUGGUUUGUUAAGUUAAUUUUUUAAGUCAUUUUUGUUCAUUCGUUUGUUUACUCCUGUUUGCAUUUUAUUGUGCAUGUGCAAAGGUGCCUCUGCAGACGAAGAAAAAAACAAGUGACAAAUCCAAGAUUAAAUCAAGUAUUUGGUUCA